AAUAGUGCUGUUCUUUUGAAUCCAACACAGUGGUGAAAUGCCAGGAGCUGAAUACUAACUUGCCCGUGAUUAUGAAUUGUUCACAUCCAUUGGGCAACUUCAGUUACAACUCGGUGUGUGACUUUGAUUGCAUGGAAGGUUUUGUAUUGGAAACUCCUGCGAGGCUUCAGUGCAACAAAUCUGGACAGUGGACUGAGGAUAUUCCACUUUGCAACGGUUUUCUAUUUGAGCGUUCAAGACUUACAAAUGAUAUUUUGCUUUACGUGGGUGCAAUCGGAGGAGCUGCUGUAUUUGGUCUCAUUAUUGCGAUGACAAUUAUCUGGAUUAGAAGGAAACUGAAGUCACAAGAGGAUGAUUCAAAAAUGCUAACCUCUAACAGUGUUGAAAUUGCACAAGAUACGUUUGAAAAUCCUACAUUCGUGAAUAAUCUUGCAGGAUGAACAUGAUUUGAACAAGAUCUGUACAAUUAUACAAUGAACAUAUGGCCAAUGAAUGUUGUACCUUCACCAUGCUCUCUUGUCUUCGUGGCAUUCAGGGAUAUUGCCUCAUUGUCUGACUUUAGAUGUGCUAAACUUCCAUCAAAUUGCCAGGAAAACCGAAGCCGAUCCUUUAGCUCCUGGAAACAUUUGGAUCAUUAGCUUUUUUACAUGAACUACCCAAUUCUCAGAAGAGAAAUGCAAUAACUUGAUGUUCUGUGUGAGAUCCUUACAAAGAUCUAUGCAAUAGAACCUCCAUUUAGUCUGUUCCACCAUGCUUUAAAACUGCGCCUUUAAGUCUAUAUAGCCUUCCCCCAUACUUUCAGCCAAAGACGUUACACGUCUCAGUGAAAUUUCAUCUGCUACCUGUCAGCCAAUGCUGGUAGCCUGUCCAGGGCCUAUACAGUUGACUGACAUCUUCGCUAUCAUCAACAAGGUUUGAAAUUCUACUCUGUAUUUCAAUAACCAAUUUGGAUACUAGUACAUGCCUCUGUGGAGUCUGAAUAAUGCCAUUUACUAUAAAUAAUUAAUUUCCAUCCAUAAGUUACUUUUUUUGUCUAAGCUAACACCAAAUCUUCCUAUUUUGUGAGCCUUAAUUUCAUGUGGUACUUUACCAAAUGCUAUCUCAAGAUCCACCUAAACCACAAUGGGGUCCAAUGGACAUGACGACAUCUUUCAUGCGUUCAACACCACUUUUACAAAUGGGCACUUCCUGAGCUGUCACGCAAGAGAUUAUCAGAGAGGAAAUGAUGCAAGAAUAUUCCAAAUGCUCCUUGAAAAGUCGGUGAAAAUUUCAAACCCAUGACUGCUCAAAAUAAAGAAGCAUCGAUAGCACUGAGCCCCUUGCUUUCCUGAAGCGGGUGUGUGUACAUGUCCAGUGAAGAUAGCAGAAGGAGCACAACCUCUCUCAUGCUGCCCAAUGAUCCCUCAGGAAAGCAGAUCUUCCACAGACUAGAGUGGAAAUACAUCAUCCUUGAUUACAAGGGACUGCCUGAAAUGAUCACGACGUUCCCUUCCCUAUGCCAUUGACUCAUCAAAACAAAAUUAAUAAAUUAAUCAAACACAAUCUAUCUUUGCAGAUCUAUACUGACUCUUUAUUAACUCCAACCAAAUGCCUAUUUGCUUUCCCCAAUUAUUGAUUCUGAAACCUUACCCACCACUGACAUUAAACUAACGGAUCCACAGUCACUAGGAAUUCCUUACGUGGCUGGUUGAUAUCUCCUCCAACCACACCUUCUGAUGCUGUAAAUUGCCACUUCUUACUUUCACUAAUGUCCAUACCGUGUUCCUUUAGUACUUUCUGCUCACCGGCCCUCAUUCUUCAUUCGUUUUGUUAGUUCUCCGCUAAAUUCCUGCCCGGUGGAACUGUACUUUAUUUUCUUCCCAACAUUAGAGUUUUUCUCCAAUAAUGGUUUUGUUUCAUACCUCUCCUGUGCAUUGUUCAUUAUAAAUUUAAUGUAAAAUAGUCAAAGGUUUGCUUUUCUAAGUACUUUUUGAAAAUGUAUUUUGUUUAGUGAUUUCUGUAUAUUUGAAUGAUUAACCAAGUUUCUGCCUUUUUUAUGGACGACCUUAUUUUAUUGAGUUUGAGAUGUUAAAUCAACAUAUCUAUAUAUGCUUUCAAGCAGAUCGUGCAAUGAAAUGUUUACAAUGCCCACAGCAGAUAAGUAACUAAAUGAUCAAUUAAAAUUUAAUCAACAUUGUAAUAUCAAAACAUCACAUAACCAGCUGUUUUUAUGUUCAUAGUUCAUUUUAUCAAUAAGUUGGUCAUGCGUAUCAUUGUAAUAAAAUGUACCACUGCACAAAC